AAGCGGAGAUUGGGAGCCGCGCUGGGGGCGGGCCCGGCUCCGGUUUAAUCUCCGGCUCCGCCGGGAUUACGGUCGUAGGAUAGUCUCUAAUCCGCGACACCGGCCACCGGGGGCUGCUCGCCCCAGCCCGCAGCAAAGGCACCGCGGAGAGGGGGCAGAGCCCGAGGAGAGCCCACACCGAGCCCAGCUGUCUCCCAACCAUGGAUACCACGGACGUGCCCCUCCAGGCCGAGAUGGUGGAGCUGGUGCCCAAUGGGAAGCACACGGCCACGCUCAGCGCCUCUGCUCUCCCCUCGCUGGCGGGUGACAGAUUUGAGGAGAACCAGACUGGCGUGGCAGAGAUGGAGGAGUUCCUGCCCCAUGGUGCUGAGAAGAAGCAAACGCACUUCACUGAUUUCGAAGGGAAGACGUCUUUUGGGAUGUCUGUCUUCAACCUGAGCAAUGCCAUCAUGGGCAGUGGCAUCCUGGGGCUGGCCUAUGCCAUGGCCAACACCGGCAUCAUCCUCUUCCUCUUCCUCCUGACAGCGGUGGCCCUGCUCUCCAGCUACUCCAUCCAUCUGCUGCUCAAGUCCUCGGGCAUUGUAGGCAUACGCGCCUAUGAGCAGCUGGGCUACCGAGCCUUUGGCACGCCAGGGAAGCUGGCAGCAGCCAUUGCCAUCACGCUGCAGAACAUUGGAGCCAUGUCCAGCUACCUGUACAUUGUCAAAUCCGAAGUGCCUCUGGUCAUCCAGACCUUCCUCAACCUGGAGGAGAAGACCACGGAUUGGUACAUGAAUGGGAACUACCUGGUGAUCCUGGUUUCUGUCACCGUUAUCCUGCCCCUGGCCCUCAUGAAGCAGCUGGGCUACCUUGGCUACGCCAGUGGCUUCUCCCUCAGCUGUAUGGUCUUCUUCCUCAUCUCGGUCAUCUACAAGAAGUUCCAGAUCCCCUGCCCACUCCCUGAGCAGGAGGGGAACCUUACAGGCAUCCUCAACAUCACUUCUGUCAGCACUAGUGACUACCAGAAUGGCUACACUGUCCUCCAGGCCCCUGAGCAGGACACCUGCAGCCCCAGCUUCUUCACCCUGAACUCCCAGACAGCGUACACCAUCCCCAUCAUGGCCUUCGCCUUCGUCUGCCACCCCGAGGUCCUGCCCAUCUACACCGAGCUGAAGGACCCCUCCAAGAAGAAGAUGCAGUGCAUCUCCAACAUCUCCAUCACGGUCAUGUACAUCAUGUACUUCUUGGCUGCCCUCUUCGGCUACCUCACAUUUUAUGGCCGUGUGGAGUCAGAACUGCUGCACACGUACAACAAAGUGGACCCCUUUGACGUGCUCAUCCUGUGUGUGCGGGUGGCUGUGCUGACAGCUGUCACUCUCACUGUCCCCAUCGUCCUCUUCCCGGUGCGCCGGGCCAUCCAGCAGAUGCUGUUCCAAGGGAAAGACUUCAGCUGGAUCCGCCACAUCAUCAUUGCAGUGGUCCUGCUGACCUUCAUCAACCUCCUGGUCAUCUUUGCCCCCUCCAUUCUUGGCAUCUUCGGCUUGAUUGGUGCCACCUCUGCUCCCUGCCUCAUCUUCAUCUUCCCCGCCAUCUUCUACAUCCGCAUCAUGCCCAAGGACAAGGAGCCGCUGCGCUCCACCCCCAAAAUAUUGGCUGCCUGCUUCGCCCUCCUUGGGGUGGUCUUCAUGAUCAUGAGCUUGAGCUUCAUCAUCAUCGACUGGGCCACGGGUGGGGGCAAGAGCGGCGGCAGCCACUAGCCAGCACCGGGUGCCCAUGCCAACCCCCUCCACCGGUGCCCCAGGGAGAGCCAGCCCCGGGCUCAGCCCCCAUGCUGCAGCCACACUGGGAUUCCCUGGGGAAUUCUGCCCAUCACCUCUGGUGGUGGUGAGGGGGCAUGAGCCAUGGCAGGCAUGGGGACUCCUUGACCUGUGCCUGGGAUGGGGCAGUGAGCCUGGGGCAGGUCCUAUGCCCCCCAGCCACUCCAGCGGGUACUCUCCCUGCUCCACGCCUCAGUUUCCCCAUCCGUAAAAUGGGGACAAUAAUACUGCCCUACCUCACCCGGAGCUGGCUGUCAGGUGGGGCUCGUCUCUGCACCCCCAGAGCCGCCAGCAGCAGGCACUGCCAGGGGCGUGGGGCACUGUCCGCCAUGGGGACCGAGGACUGGGGACACUUUCCCGGCCCCCCCCAACAACUCCCACCCCCCCCACACCCCCCCGACAGCAUCAAGAGCCCUGAUGAACAGUGUCCCUGGUGGCUGGAAUCUAUCAGGGCAGUCAGAUCUGUGACAGCACCUGUGCCCAAGCCACCCACCCCCUCCUUCUGCUGUCCCCCAGUCCCCAGAAAGAUGCCACCCCACUGCCCUGGCAUCAUUUGUGUACUCCAGUCCCCGUGGGCAAGGGUGGUCCUGCUGCUGUGGCUGGUGGUACCCAGCCCUCUGCUCUUGAGCCUGCUGGGCUCCUGGUGCCUGCUGAUGGGACCCUGCUGACCCCUAGGCCAUGUUUGGGGACUGGCUGCAUUGCUCUGGGGAGGUGACACGCACGCCAGGGGCUUGGUGCCCACUGGCAUCCUGCCCUUGCUGCAGCUUGGCUGCCAGAGGCAUGGCCCACCCGAGGGGCACAGGGGGGUGUGGGGUGGUCUGGGGACAGUGCUCACGGGGGGCCAGCUCAGGGCUGCGGAGGCACCCCGUCUGCGUGCCCAGACGCCAGGGUGAUGGGCACCCCAGCAAACCCAGCUGUCCCUGCUCGCCUUGCACCCUGGGCCAGCACCCAGGCCCCCACAGCCCUCACCGAUCCAUCCAUCCAUCCAUCCAUGCUGCUGGGACACCCCAAACCAUGCCAAAAGCUGGACGGUGGCUCUCCCACCCCCGGCCUCCCUUCCCAGCAUGGAGGGCAGCCUGGCAGGGUGGGCAGCACGGGUCGGGGGGGGGUGUCUGUCCUGCAGCAAAGUACAUAAGAGAUGUAUUUUUUUAUUGGGUGGUGGAGGCUGGGAUGCUUUUUAUAAAUACUGUACAUAAGAGUAGAUCUUUUUUAACGUGUUGUGUUGCUCUGGGUAGCUCUGUAUAAUGUACGUAUCACAUGGGGAGGGGAGGGGGGACACCGUCGUGGACCCUCGCCAUCUGCCCGGGAACUGCCGGCUGCAGCGUGGCUCUGGUGUCCCUGUCCCCAGCCCAGCUGCCCUGUGGCCAUCCUUGACACGUGUAAAUUAUUGGGGGAGGUGGUGCUGGUGGCGGCAGGAGGCCGGUGGUGAAAAUAAAGAUGUGAAUGUG